GUUCAAUAGUAUAAGUUUAUUUUAAAUUCUAAUUUGUAUUACUGAAACUUUUGUGUUGUGUGAGAUGUAGACAACUCUUGUUAUCAAGUGUUAUUCAUUUUUAUUUACAAUUAUUUCAUAUUUGUUGAUUGGAAUUUUGCUUUACGAUGUGCUUACCGACUGGUAUUACAAUACCGCAAAGAGAUUUUUUGAAGUCACAUCACCACCGUUGUCCGGUGUUCCAUUCCCGGCGGUCACAAUAUGUCUCAACGAUCCAAUUUAUUCUGAAACAAUGAAUUUAACAACAUUGCUAGAAUGGAAAGGCCAAAAUAAAACCGAUCAAGAGUUGCAGUUUUUAAAUAUAAUGUACAGUAUGUGUUCUUGGAAACACACGGUGGAUAAAGUCGCUAAAAUAGAUCAAGAAAUAUUAUUCAAAGUGUUAAAAGAACAUUCAACUAAAUGUGAAGAAACUAUUCUACAAAUUCGAUGGCUGGGCAAAAUCAUAAACGAUCCUUGUUCAAUUAUGCAACCCUUUAUAUUAUUGAGUCAACUAUGUUUCAGCUUCAACGCUUUACCGUAUUAUGAAAUGUAUAAGCAAACGCCUUAUAAAUUACAAAAUAUAUUAGAAAUUGGUAGUAAGUGGUCGGAAUCGAAAAUCGAUUGGAAUUUGGAUAAAGGUUAUAACAAUGAGAACUCGAGCAGACCGUUACGAAUAAAUUCAUCGGGGCUGCGGAAUUCAGUUGAAUUUGUUUUGACACAAAAAGAAUCGAGUAAAGGAUGUUCCAGAAAUUCGGGCUUUAUAGCAUACUUUCACAAUCCAUCGGAUGUUCCAGAUUACUCACAUACGUCGUUUGCUUUUUCAAAAGGGACGCAUAGUUUUGUACAGUUUAAAACUUACUUAUCGGUCACCGAUCAGACUUUGGCAAGUUGGACCCCCGAAAACCGGGGUUGUUAUUUUUCGGAUGAAAGACCACUGAUGUUGACGAAGAUAUACUCAAAAACCAAUUGUUACUAUGAAUGUCAGAUUAACUAUACGCAAAACAUAUGUGGCUGUACUCCAUACUACUUCAUAAGCGAUUUACUUCCUGUAUGCGGGCUAAGAAUGGAAUAUUGCUUCGUAAAUGCAUCAAUGCUUGCGGAAGGCACGACAGAUAUUUGCAAGUGUCUUCCGCCAUGUACCCAAUACGACUAUUCAAUAUCUUAUUCAACAGUACCAAAGGAUUUUGAAAAUGCUCAACAUUCCCUACCAUUCUUAAAUAAUUACACAGACAGCAAUUACGCCAAUUUUGCUAGUAUUGAGAUCCAUACAUACCACGAUAACAUGUGGCCUUUAGGAAGAGCCGUCAAAGAAACUGCAAUUAAACGGUGGGGUGAACUCACCGCAGUUAUAAGUCUAUGCUUGGGAGUUAGCUUCAUUACAAUCAUAGAAUUUUUCUAUUAUGCGGUUUUACGUCCAAUUGUCAUGAAUGUAUUGUAAACUAAUAAAUAGAAAACACUAGUAUUAUAAUAUUCAUAAUUAAGAUAAAACUCGAUUCUAACACGACUUGUUCGUUUCCACUUAAAGUCUAAAACAAAGUAGUAGGUCGGGCCGUGUACCGUAUAGAGGUCAGAUAUCUUAUAACUAUUAAUGUUUUAUUCUCUGCACAGUUGUCUGUAAACGU